AUGGGCCACUCUCUUCAAAGUUCAAGCCAUGGUGCAUUCGGUGCUCGACAUAUAAUCCCUCCAACUGACGACGAAGAACUUGCGGCAUACAAUGAUGCUAAGGUUGUUGAUCUCCCCCUUUGGAAGCGUCUCGACGCGGUUGUCCGUCAAUGGAUAUAUGUCACUUUGUCUCCGGAUAUUCUCACCGCCAUUCUCGUGCUCGGUGAUGUUGCGAAGCAAGCUUGGAAGCGUGUUGCACAGAUUUUUCAGGACAAUCAAAACUCCAGGCCUGCCUUCCUUGAAACUGAAUUUACCACAACAAAAAUGGUGGAUUUCCCGAACGUCAUUGCUUAUUACAAUAGGCUGAAAUCCCUGGCCGGUCAGCUAGCCAACGUCGGCUCUCCUGUCUCCGACACACGGCUAGUGCUCCCCCUCCUUGCAGAUCUUUCUAUAUCCUACAAGAACUUCGUCACAAACAUCCAGCAAAGGGAUGUCCUUCCCACAUUCAGCCAACUCUGCUCCCGGUUGAAGCUCGAGGACACAACGACCAAGGAAUGGGAACGUGAAUCUAGAGGCUCCUCUGCCCUCAUUGUGGGCGAUGACACUCCGCCCCAACCACCGCAACAUCACAAUGGAGGUAACCAAAAUAAUAAUAAUAAUCACAAUUAUAAUAAUCGUGAUAAUCGUAACAGGCGAAAUAAUAACAAUAAUCGGGGUCGCUGCAACAACAACUCUAAUCGAGGUGGAAAAAGUGGUCGUGGUGGCGGUCAGACCAGCAGCCACCAAUACACGGUGGCCCAACCACCUGCGUCGCAGUGGCCGUACCUAGGGGUGUGCACGGUCCGGUCCGAACCGAAAAUUGGACCGGAACCGGACUGA